GUCUCCUAUGUAAAAGCUAUCGACAUCUGGAUGGCCGUGUGCCUUCUCUUUGUCUUUGCUGCAUUACUGGAAUAUGCAGCAGUCAACUUUGUUUCACGGCAGCACAAGGAGUUUCUGAGGCUUCGAAGAAGGCAAAGAAGACAAAACAAGGAAGAUGAAGUUACUCGUGACAGUCGAUUCAAUUUUAGUGGCUAUGGCAUGGGUCACUGCCUCCAAGUCAAAGAUGGCACAGCAGUCAAGGCUACUCCACCCAACCCGCCUCCGGCACCACCAAAGGAUUCAGAUUCCAUCAAAAAGAAGUUUGUUGACCGUGCAAAAAGGAUUGAUACAAUAUCCCGUGCUGCAUUCCCACUCGCCUUCCUCAUUUUCAACAUCUUUUACUGGAUUACAUACAAAAUUAUACGGCAUGAGGACAUUCACAAGAAAUAG